UCCUUGAUUUGCAGAAGGCAUCUCAAAAUGUUGUGUCGAGCUGCUCUGAGCCCUCUUGUCCGUUCCCCUGGAUGGUGCUUUGUGUUGUCGCCACAUGCCAUCGCAGCCAUUUCCCGUUUAUAUCUCCCUUGCUAUAACCAAAGAUUAAGGAAUGAAUCCAUCCGUUGUUGGAGCAACAUCCCAUUUAUCACUAUGCCACUCAGCCGUGCACAUGGAAAAUCAUUUGCACACCGCAGUGAGCUGAAGCAUGCAAAGCGGAUUGUAGUGAAGCUGGGUAGUGCUGUUGUGACUCGAGGGGAUGAGUGUGGCUUGGCCCUUGGGAGACUGGCAUCUAUUGUAGAGCAGGUGUCAAUGCUGCAAAAUCAGGGCCGAGAGAUGAUGAUUGUCACCAGUGGUGCUGUAGCUUUUGGAAAGCAGCGGUUGCGUCAUGAGAUCUUGCUUUCUCAGAGUGUGAGGCAAGCACUUCAUUCAGGCCAGAGUCAGCUAAAGGAUAUGGCUAUUCCAGUCUUGGAGGCCCGAGCCUGUGCAGCAGCUGGCCAGAGUGGACUAAUGGCUCUGUAUGAGGCCAUGUUUACACAGUACAGCAUCUGUGCAGCUCAAAUUUUAGUCACCAACCUGGAUUUCCAUGAUGAACAGAAACGUCGGAACUUAAAUGGAACGUUGCACGAGCUUUUAAGAAUGAAUAUUGUCCCUAUAAUUAACACUAAUGAUGCUGUUGUUCCACCUCCGGAGCCGAACAGUGAUCUGCAGGGGGUAAUUAGUGUGAAGGAUAACGACAGUCUGGCAGCACGACUGGCUGUGGAAAUGAAAACUGAUCUCCUGAUUGUUCUCUCAGACGUAGAAGGACUCUUUGACAGCCCUCCAGGAUCUGAUGAUGCAAAGCUCAUUGACAUAUUCUACCCAGGAGACCAGCAGUCUGUAACAUUUGGAACCAAAUCCCGAGUGGGAAUGGGAGGCAUGGAAGCCAAGGUGAAAGCAGCUCUGUGGGCUCUCCAAGGAGGCACCUCUGUAGUGAUUGCAAAUGGAACCCACCCAAAGAUCUCAGGUCAUGUCAUCACAGAUAUCGUGGAAGGGAAAAAAGUUGGAACUUUCUUUUCAGAGGUAAAACCUGCAGGUCCUACAGUAGAGCAGCAGGGUGAAAUGGCUCGAGCAGGUGGCAGGACCCUGGCAGCUCUACAGCCUGAGCAGAGAGCGGAGAUUAUUUAUCGUCUUGCUGACUUACUAACCGACCAGAGAGAAGAAAUUCUCUUGGCAAACAAAAAGGACUUGGAAGAGGCUGAAAAUAAAGGGAGAUUGGCACUUCCUUUGUUGAAACGUCUAAGUCUGUCUACAUCAAAGCUGAACAGCUUGGCUAUCGGUCUGCGUCAGAUUGCAGCAUCCUCACAGGACAGUGUUGGCCGUGUAAUUCGGCGAACACGAAUAGCAAAAGACCUGGAUUUGGAGCAGGUGACGGUGCCUAUCGGUGUCCUUCUCGUGAUCUUUGAGUCCCGUCCUGACUGUCUUCCACAGGUAUGUAAGGAGGGCAGUUUACACUGUUGGGAAUUCUUUGAUGACAAAAGACAGGGUAUUUCUGUUGAAGAGGCAGCACAUAGCAAUCAAAUCCUUCAUCAUCUGACACAAGAAGCACUCUCCAUUCAUGGAGUCAAAGAUGCGGUGCAACUAGUGAACACAAGAGAGGAAGUAGAAGAUCUCUGUCGUUUGGACAAGCUGAUAGAUCUAAUCAUUCCACGUGGUUCAUCACAGCUAGUCAGGAAUAUCCAGAAAGCUGCGAAGGGAAUCCCAGUGAUGGGACACAGCGAAGGGAUCUGUCAUGUGUAUGUGGACACGGAUGCCAGCGUUGAGAAGGUCACACGAAUAAUCAGAGACUCAAAGUGUGAAUAUCCUGCUGCCUGUAAUGCUCUGGAAACUCUCUUAAUUCAUCGAGACUUGCUGAGAACCCCGUUGUUUGAUCAGAUCAUAGACAUGUUGAGAGUAGAACAGGUGAAGAUUCACGCUGGCCCAAAGUUUGCAUCGUACUUGACAUUCAGCCCUUCAGAAGUGAAAUCUCUCCGCACAGAAUAUGGGGACCUGGAGUGCUGCAUUGAGGUGGUGGACAGUGUCCAAGAAGCUGUUGAACAUAUCCACAAGUAUGGAAGUUCUCACACAGAUGUUAUCAUCACAGAGAAUGAGAAAACGGCAGAGUUCUUCCUCCAGCAUGUGGACAGCGCUUGUGUUUUCUGGAAUGCCAGUACCCGAUUCUCUGAUGGCUAUAGAUUUGGACUUGGCGCCGAAGUGGGAAUUAGCACUUCUCGUAUCCAUGCACGUGGACCUGUGGGAAUUGAAGGACUCUUAACUACGAAGUGGUUGCUGAGGGGGGACAAUCAUGUCGUUUCUGACUUCUCAGAGCAUGGGAGCAUGAAGUAUCUUCAUGAGAGCCUCCCUCUCCCUCAGAGAAAUACCAACUAAGAACAUCGGGGCGGAGGGGAAAGCGCAGGGGUAUAAAUAUUUCCUGAAGAUGUUCAGGCCUCAGGGCGUGCGCUGGGGUGGGAGUUUGGUUUUCAUCUUCAGGAACGUUGUUCUCGGUCACUGUGCAGUACAAUGAAUACAAAAUGAUCCCAUCAGUGAGAU